AUAUGACUUUAUGAAACUUUAUAUAAUUGGGUGUUCGCUCGUAGUUCGCACGUAGAUCGCCACUUAAAAACGAUGUCCUUCGUACUCCUGAACUGCAGGGGGCAGUAAUCAACAGAAAAAGGGCGAGUCGCAUGUCAACGCCUUUAAACGAAGAACAUAGAGCCGGAAGUUGGUUUCCUGUCGCGUUACAUGUUAAAAGAACAGCGAAAGUUAUGUUUGAUGCCGUUUUUGAGGAAUGUAUUUCGUGUUUCACUGGAAAGAGAAAAUAUAUUGGAAAGACUUAGCUUCCUGGGCUUGCUGUUUCUUCAGACAUGGCUGUCACCCUGUUUGACAGCCAUCGCAGGUUCCUACAGACCAUAAUGUGCAAUGGAAUCAUGGAAGGCUCCAAAGCCAAGGCUGUGCACCGUCAUUGCUGUGAGGUGUACCACACACCCUAUACUGAUGAUUCAUUGGAUGAAUUUAUUGACCUCAUCAACUCCUACCUGCAGCCACUGUUCAUGCAGAUCAGAAAAGGGAUGUCUGAGGAUGAUGGCCUUCAAUACUACACCUUGGUGAAUAUGGCAGAGACCGACAUCACCCGAAUGUCCUCUGAUUAUGCUGACAAUGAGCUGGAACUGUUUAGAAAAACAAUGGACUUGAUUGUUGACUCUGAGAAUGGGACAGCCUCCUCCACAGAUGUUUUGAAUUGUGCUGAUAGUCUUCAGACAAAGAAGAUGAAGAAGAAAGAGACAGAACAGGUCCUCAGUAGACUGGUUCAGGAUAAGUGGCUCAAUGAGAAACAUGGUGAAUACACACUGAGCACCCGCUGCAUUAUGGAGAUGGAGCAAUACAUCAGAAAUAUUUACCAAGACCUUGUUAAAUCGUGUGCCAUAUGUCACAACAUUGCAUUUCAGAGCCAGAUGUGCUGUAAUCCAAGCUGUGGCAUCAAAAUUCACAUCCCUUGUGCUGCCCGAUACUACAAAGGUCGUGUUGAUCCACGCUGCCCGGCUUGUAGCAAAUUCUGGCCACAUGAAAUUCCAGCCAUCCGAACGUCAUCUCAAGUCUCCACCCUUAGCCCUCCUGUGGCCUCUGCUAUUUCAACCUCUCAGUCCCGGAGGAUGAGAUAAUGAUUUUCUUAUGAUUUUCCUUCUUCAGUUAAUUUGCACUCACCAGUAAUCCCUUGCAUUUUCCAGAUUCUUUGAAAAAGUAUGUAUGCAAAUUUUACUUGUAAAAAUUACAACACAACUGAAGAAUGUAACUGAUGUCAGCAGUUGGAUAUCAGCAGGAUAGAAACUACACCCAAAUUUCUUGUUCAAUAUGACAAAAUUUUUCUCACAUUUAAAGUGCUUU